AUGUUUGGACUAGGGAUAUUAUUUUACACAGUUCUAUUCCUUGUGAAUGCCAUAGCGAUCUUAUCAGAAGACAGAUUUCUAAAUCGAAUUGGAUGGGGCUCAUAUGCCCCAGCAAGUACUCCGCAAGCUAGCUUCCAAACCACUACAUUUGACAACUACAACGCCAACCCAGAAGUUUCUAUGAAAACGAAAAUUGUAACAUUAAUAAGUGCUACAAGAACUUUGCUUAGACUGCCAUUAAUUGCUAUCAACAGCGUAGUCAUAAUCUACGAAUUGGUGCUAGGAUAG